UGGAACUGCUGUUUAAAGUUGGGUGCAACAAUUUUUGCUUUUGUAUUUGCUUUUUCUUUUACAGGUUAUACAAAUUUGUGCCACUUGCCACCUGAAUUACUGUGCAAAAUAUUGACAUUCAUUCCAAUACCAGAAUUGUACCAUUCAGUGUCUAAACUUUGCAAAUGUAUUUCUUUGCUUUUUGAGAGUGGCCUUGUAUGGAAUUCAAUAACAUACCUUAAUUUUUUCAAUGAAGGAAUGGCAGAGCUAUUCAGUGAAGAAUUUUUGAAACUUUUUAAAAACUGUAUGUAUCUUACCAUUGAUGCAACCCUUUUGCAAAAUUGUGAUGUUUUGGGCAGCUUCAGGAAACUAAAAUACUUGAAUAUUAAAGGGUCAAAAAAUAGAACCAUUUGCAGUGAUAACAUUGUUAAAAAUUUGUCUAAGUGCAAAUGUAUGGAGAAACUCUUUAUAAGUAGUUUACCAAACUUAAGUGAGGAAGGCCUAGUGUCAUUAUCUAAAGAGAUUGGGGGCACUCUGAGGUAUCUACAAAUUCGAAAUGGUGUAGAAAUCAGUCCUGAAUGUUUUUUGGAUUUGAUGAACAAUCUAAAUUGUAUUGCGGCUAUUAGUGUGACUCCCUCUGGAGAUAGAGAAAAGUGGGCAAAUGCUCUCAAUGAACAUGUUUAUAACCUGUGGUUUGGACAUGAAAUGUUAGAUUUUGUCCCCAAACGUUUUCUUGCACAUGACAGAAUAUUUUAUGCGAUGCCCUGUAUGAUUGACAAAAUUGUUUCUACUUGUUUAUUUCAUUGA